CUGAAUGAGAGGAGCAUCAGAGCACCGUCGGCCUUCUCACGAGUGGGUCUGUCUCCGGCUGUCCGACACUAUGCAGGCACUCGCACUGGCUCUCCUCUGUCUCUGCCUGGCUGGGAGCAGCUGGGCUCAGAAACCUCGUCCUUGCGCCUCCCCAGCUCUUCAGGUUGGAAGCUUCAGUUCGAUGGAUGGCAAAGGAAAUUUAGCGACUUACGGGAAAUACAGGUACGAUGCACUGGGGCAGAAGGUGCGAUUCUCUCAGAUGCGGACGUACGAAAAUAGAACAACGACCGUUGACCUGCUGGUGCUCUUCAAUGAGCGCGUCUUGUACCAAAUCGACUGGCUGAGAUUCAGCUGCAAGAAGAAGGCGCUGAGCUCGGAAUUUCAGCCGAUGGAGGUGCCACGUGACGCCACACUCGUGGGACAGGUCGUAGUCGGCACCGCUUCUGCUUUCGGACAGGGUCUGCUGGUGAACACCUGGGUUGGACAUGACGCAGAGAAAAACGGCACAUACAUGGCCGUCUUCACUGGUAUCGGUUGCCUUCCCGUCAGCGCUAUGUACCACAAGGAGGAGACAGGAUGGACAAUGCUCAGCUUUUUCAACAUUCUGCUCGGCAUUGACGACCCCCAAGUCUUUUUCCCGCCCGCGUUCUGCAAAUACGCUCCGCUGGAGGGAACAACCAACGUAUUUGAUGCCAUACUUGACAAAGACCUAAUGCAAGAGUAGGCAAUGAAGCAUUAAAUCUUCAAGGCUCAACUUAAUUUUUUCUUAUGUUUUAACUGGUUCAACUUAAGUUUUAACUGGUUCUGUCAUUGGAAUGUAUCCAUUCUUUCAGACGGUUUCUUCUUUUUAAUAUGAUUUUGAUAUAUUUUGUUGUUCUAGUUUACUAUAUCUGCCGCUUCUCGACUUUUAGGACUGCUGUUCCACAAGCGAAUGGUUUUUUCUGAAAUUCGAGAGUUCAGUAAAAGCACAACUGCUUUUUGAUUGACAGUUCAGUAUUUCCUAAUGCGAAUCAGAAGAGCAACAGAAACUACUGGUUAGGUGAUGUUUCUUAAUCAUUUGCGAUUCUUAAACACACAAACUGAUUGUAGGCCUACUCCCACUGAAAUAAAAAUAUAAAAUAAACACCAAGUUAAAAAAAA